AUGUCGAUUCGCAAGAAUAAGACUGGCAUGAAGGAUAUGACCACAGAAGAGUUUAGCUGGGUUGAGAGCCUCUUUAGAGUCGUACCUCCCGCUUUCCUAUUGAUCGCCGUCAUCCUCGUGGUGUUUUCCAUACGUGCAAGCGUUCGAAAGAUGCUUGAGCUCUGUGGAAAAGGCCUUGAAGAUGGACGUUUAUUAAGCCCUGACGAGGACCACAACGGCCAAGCUCUCCAGCCAUUGUCAAAUGCAGACUUCGAGGAACAGCUGAGCAUUGCGUCCAGUUCAGAUAACUACGUGGCUCGACAGGAGAGAGUUCGGCAAUGGCAGCAAUCAUUCCCACUGCGUUCUCGUUCUCGUCUAACCUCUGAACUACAGGACAAGCGCUAUCAUCCAUUCAAGCGACGACGAAGCACAUCCAAAGGAAGAAUGAAGCGUGAACAGCACAUCUCUCUCCCGGCCUUGCCACCUCAACCGCUGAAGCCACAGCGCCAAGAUACAGAAAACUCGCCUAUUCGAAGGGCCUCCAAAGGGAUUAAAGCACCAUUUGUGAUAAAGCAAGCAAGGAAGAGAAGUGUAGAGAAGUCUGAACAGUUCCAAGCAACAAAUAUAGCACGGAAUGGCAACGAAGAGGAACCGUUAGACUCCUGGCGAGAAAUCAUCGUCAUGGACGACUGGAAAGACUUCCAAGGUCCUGAGCUCCCCGACAAAGAGUCUGAGAAUGAAGAAUUAAGCCUUAAUCGGCGCCCUAGGAUUGAUCUCAUGAAAUCUCUAGAUGUCAGCGGUGUGGACCAAUCAGAAGAUACUAGUAGUCCACCUAGACUUCGUGGCCCCAUUCCCAAGGCUUAUGGUAGAGAUAACGGAGAAGACGACUUCUAUUAUAGUGACGUAGAACAAGCUAUCAACGUUGUUCGACUUCGUGGCGGUGGUAGAGACGACUAUACUGCCUACGAGGAUGACGAAGAAGAAGACGAAAGCGAUGAUGAAGGCCUAGCUACUCCUUUCGACCCAUACGCCAAUGACGAGGCUCUCAAACUAUCGAGAUAUCCAGCACGUCGACCUACAGAUCUACGUACAGCAUCCACUGUCUCUAAUCAAGAAGAUGCAUUACAGGAGAGAAUUAGAGCCGUCUUCAGAGGUCGUUCAUCCCUCGAUAUCAAUCGAAACGAAAGCAUUGAAGACGCAGAUCCUUCUAUUAGCAUUUCACGCCCUGAACCAGUCCCAACAGCACCAGGCCCCUCGAGAAAUACCCAAACCAGCAGUACGCCACGAAGAAAGGUCUACUCAGUCGAAAUAGCCGAAGAAUACGACGACAUCGUGGCCGAUCUCGACGCAAUGUACUCGCACCUGGCGCUAUGCCGGCGGAAAUUCAACCAGGUGCUACGACAGGCGAAUAAGACGGAUAAACCAAUGCUCAGACACAUCAUACUGAGCAACAACGAGCUGCAAACGCGCGAAACAGAGCUCGCGACGCUGCGGGAAUACGUGGUCAACAGGGGUGCCAGCCUCGCGGCCCCGAACGCUGAACUAUUCGCCGCGGUGGAGGGGUAUAUCGAGCGAGAGGACCGCCGACUUCGACUCCGGGAUAUCGCCUGCGACAGCGAGGAGGGCGGGCAUCCGCCGUACUCAGCGCCUCGAUGGGCGAAACCGUGGGGCUGGACGCCGCCGGCUAGGUCGGUCAGGGGUACAUGGCGGCGUACGCCUGUGCAAAGUGUCGAGGAUGGUCAUGAAGGUAGCCGACGUGGGCCAUCGAGCGUCUCGAGAGCGGUUGGGACUUCCCACCGAGUUACGCAUCUAUAUGGUGCUGGAGAUCGCCUGGGGUAUCGUCGUCCACGAGAGCACGCAAGGCCGUCCAUUCCAAUGCAGGAGCUCGAUGGGACGCAGGUGUCCAAGUAG